AUGACAGAGGAGGCGGUGAUCAACGGCGGCGAGACAUCCGAGAUAUCAUCACUGGCGGUGAUGGUUGUUGUCGUGGAUGCCAUGGAGGUUGGUGCAGGUAUGACGAUAGGGACGUCUUCGGGUGUGGACAUGCUAGACGAUGCCGAUCUCCAAGCGUAAUGUUCCUUGAUAGCGUGGACAUUUUGAAAUGGGUUAGGUGAGGAUCGGCGACACUUGAGACUUGCAAGCCGCUCUUUUGGCUUUUGCAGCGGCGAUUCAGUUGGCUUCGUAGAUAGCUGUUCCAGUCUUCACUACCCUUCUCCAGAUAGGUCGGUCUCUGGGUUGGCUUGCGGAAUGAGAGGCGUUAAUGAGGUGACCUUUAGCGUCGUUUUGUCCCUUUUUUAUCGACCACUUGUAGCGGAAUCACCGUAAAAGAGUCACUUGUCAUCCACCCUCCGUUCUGCACAUAAACGUUGCAUUGUACAUCCUGAGUUUUGGGUAAAGAUCGAGAUCAAGUUGGAUCGUGUGGAGGUCGCGUGAAUAGUUUGCAGCGGAUGAAUUCUGCAUAAUUUUCGAUACACCAUCCCCAUUCCCGAUUUAGAAUGUUUUCGCCGUGUCCACGAAGGUGGAGUUUAGUGUGAGUCUCCUGGCACUUAUUCUUCAGUUCCGAGGUAGCAACGGAAACCAAAUUGGCUUUCUGGGAGAAGUCCGUGUUCCGAAUGGCCUUUGCAACAAUUUCUAACAGUAAGUAUGAAGAUUUUUUCAGCAUUUUUGGGUAGCGAGAUUCCUCUGUGAUUAAUACAGAGUUGUCGAUUUCCUUUCCUCUGGUAUAGCUUAAAGACUGUCGCGUCCUUAAACUUUUGGGAAAUAUGGCUUUGGAGUAACGUCUCUUAGAGUAUUGUCGCAAGUUUUUCGAUUGGCUGGGGAACACUAUGCCUGUAAGCUUCGGCCUGAAUCGCAACAGAUCCCGGUGCUUCCCAGCUGGAUAGUUGAGGUGCACAUCUUAUUGUUUCAGGGAGGUAAAGGGGGAGGUUCAGGAAAUAAUUCGUUUUUAUUCGGGAAAACCGGUCGUUGGCGGCGUCGAAGACAGGGAAUGGGCGGUUGAGAAAAAUUAUGGAUUUCUCGACGCAGUUAUUCAGAAUCUGCGACUUCUCCGUGAGAAGGAUUGUUCCAUCGGAACUGAGAAGCCGCUGUGACAGAAGAUCACUAUGACUGAUACGACGGGGCUUUUCAUUGCACUGCGGUCUGUGUGCCUUUGGACUUCCCAACGUUGUGAUCUAUCCAGGCGUCCUGCGUCUGCCGCAGCCGUUGUUGUACAAGAUGUCGUUAUCUGAAGAAAGUCAUUUCGAUUUCACCGUCUCGGCUGCUGGUGUAGGCGUUGUGCGGUCCAUUCUUCUCUGACAGCCGGCUACUGAUUUCAGCGUCGCUGUCAACCAACCCUGUCGCUGUUCACUACGUGUGCGAACGGCGACGUCCAGGGCGAUGGAGUGAACUGUAUUCCGCAGCUGACACCAUCAUAUCACGAUGGUGGCCUUGUCGUCCGGCGCCUUCAUGUCUUCCAGGUACUCCGCCAGUUAAUUACCAAACUUCCAGCUGUGAGCAGACAAUAUUUAACCUACUUGAUUGUCCUUUAACUUGUGGACCUCUAGGAGGUUGCAGUCGAAGCCAAUCAGCGAAGCAAUAGCGUUCGUUGGUUCUGAGCUCUCGUGAGGCUAGUCACAGGCCUCGCACGGUCUCAGCAACGGAUCGACAGAAGACCAGAGACGGGGGAGGGUGAGGGUGGAUGGCACGGUCGAGCCCGCACCUUGGACUUCCACUCCAGGCCCCCUGGUCCACACAAUAAACAACCAGGAUUUUGACCAACAAAGACAAACGGAAUGGAGGCUGAAACGGCCGAAGCCUCACCUAGGCGUGCCGCCAAACACGGCUCGGAUACCACGCUGUGGGUGUGUCAUAAAGGCCACAUUAAGAAGAAGUCAAUACAGUCUGACUCUCAGGCCACCAGCCGGCCACUCUACACAAACACACACAACACUGGACCGACUGCGAGGUCCAAGUUAUCCCGUCAGUUGGUAACCUUCCAAGCCACGGCUUUUAGCGAACCGUGAUGGCUUCAAGCGCGUCAGACUGUUUGUAGUGAGGAAAAUGCGCUGAGUCGUCGACGUCACUCUCCCUACCCAUUCCCAUGCCAUGGCCAUUGUCCGGGCCGGUCAGAUGACUGCAGCGGGGAAUGGGCGCGGUGGCUGGCAUUGUCUGCCUACGUCACGUGCACGACCUGGUCCCGCAAGCAAAAGCAUCAGGAUUUAGUACAACGAGGGUUGAGCGGCGUGCCUCACACAUGCGUGAGGGUGCCAUGGAAGGAGUUGUUUCAACCCGGCCCUCAACCCACUAGUCCGCCACACCACACAAACACACACAACCGGACGGACUGCGUGGACUGAGCUGGGACGUCAGUCAGCAGCCUUACCAAUCCACGACGCUUGGCGCGACGGGACGGUCUCAGGCUCAAGUCACCCAUGCAACAGGAACCGCAUGGGACCCCGUCGAGACGUACACUUCCUGGGUUUGUGGGAGGUGGCAGUUUGGUGCUUACGGUGGGUGAUGUUGAUGUGUGGUGGGGUGGUGAUGAGGGAGGAUGUGCUAAUAUGGUGUUGUGGUGCAGUCGGAGAUUGUCUACCGCAGGUUUUCGUGGAUGCGCUUGUUGUCGAAUAGGCCCAUGCGGUGCAUGAAUGUGCGAGGACAGUGUGGACAGUGGGUCGGAUGCGGCAGGUGUAGGUUGGUGCUUCAGACACAGCUUUGCCGGUCUCUGUGCGAUGGAUUCGUAAGUGACCAACCAGGCCGAUGCGUGAGGCGAAAUUGCGGGGACAGUGUGGACACGAGAAGUCGGUGGUGUCAGUGUCAGCUACGAAGAUGAUGCUGAUGAGGAUGAUGAUGAUGAUGAUGGUGGUGGUGUUGGUGGUGGUGGUGGUGGUGGUGGUGGUGGUGGUGGUGGUUUGUGCUGA